UGCAGAAAGUUAUCUAAAGUGCUAUUUUUUAAGUAACAACCAAAAUUAUAAUGGAUGCACACAGCACAGUGGGUAUAACAGCCAAAACCUUUCCUCCUCCUAACCCACACAUAUAUACACAGGUAACAGAAACCCUCCAUGCUACCGCUGUUUUUCCAGGGUGACUACAUUUAUUGUUUAUGUCUGAAUCAGUGUUCCCAGGCUAAUUUCCCUGAAUAAAAUUCUCUUACCUUACCUACUUAAUAACCUAUCAAAAGGUAUUUGUUUUAUUCCCCUAUGUAAAAUGAAAUACUGAAAAAAUUUUCAUUUUUCUUUCUAAACCACCUAAUAUGAACUAUAUAAUAAGAACCUCUGUUUGUAAAAUGUCAAGUCAUGGAAGAAUGAAGCCGUGAAAUAGGGAGUUAAAAAUGUAUGUGAAAAGACAGUUUAUAAUAGAGUGUUUAAGAAGCUUGACUGAGAAAAUGCAUAGAGAAGUACAACAGGAUUGCCAAGACCUGUAAUUAACUUGAAGUGAGAUCAGACAGCAAAGCUGAGAGUCCAUCUCUAGUAAUUGCCAAUUGCUCCAGUGCCCGUGCUGAGUCAGGUAUUGCUUGAUUUAUCCUGGGCUGUGCUUGGAAAGUAUAGUAAAAUGAUCUUAAAUUUGAGGGGACUGUUUACUGUGAUUUAACAGGAGGAUGAGGGUCAUAUGUAAAUAGUGUCAUUCUUAAAGCGUAAACAAUAGCAGUGAUCAUAAAAUCCAAUGCAGACACCUCAAUACAGUUUAGGGAAGAGGCAGAGACAGAGAAAGGUAAAGGAAAUGCAAAUGUUAAUUUCCCUUUUCCACAGAUGAAUCAUGAAGAAAAACCACCAGAAGACAACCUAACAGAACUGAUGGCAUUUGUUCUCUAGGGCUUUGCUGACAUGCCCCAUCUCCAGUGGUUUCUUUUUGGAUUAUUUUUAAUCAUCUAUAUUAUUAUCCUGAUGAGCAAUGGCACCGUAUUUCUAAUAAUGAAAACGGAUCCUGCUCUCCAGAGCCCUAUGUAUUUUUUCCUGGCAAAUUUUUCCUUCUUGGAAAUCCGCUAUGUAUCAGCUACUCUCCCCAGAAUGCUGAUGAAUCUUGGGACUCAGAAAAGAAGAAUUUCCUUAGUUGCCUGUGCUACACAGAUGUGCUUUGUCCUUAUGUUUGGAGCCACAGAAUGUUUGCUCCUGGCAGUGAUGGCCUAUGACCGCUAUGUGGCCAUUUGUAAUCCUCUGCACUAUCCUCUAGUCUUGAACCACAGGGUCUGCAUUCAGUUGGUGACUGGGUCCUGGACCGUUGGAAUCCCAAUUAUGAUAGGGCAGACGUAUCAGAUUUUCUCUCUGCCUUUUUGUGGAUCUAACCAAAUCAACCACUUCUUCUGUGACAUUCCCCCAAUACUCAAGCUGGCUUGUGGGGACACCUUUGUAAAUGAGAUGUUGGCCUACAUAGUUGCUGUGUUAUUUGCUGUGGUUCCCUUUCUGAUGAUACUUGGCUCCUACAGUAAAAUCAUCUCCAUCACCCUGAAGUUCCCAUCAGCCACAAGUCGAGCCAAAGCCUUCUCUACUGGCUCAUCUCAUCUUACGGUUGUGGUGUUAUUCUUUGGAUCAGGCAUUACUACAUACUUAAGACCCAACGCCAGAUACUCAGAAGGAGCUGACAAAGUUCUGUCUCUUUUCCACACUAUCCUAAUUCCUAUGUUUAAUCCCAUGACAUAUAGUCUAAGGAACAAGGAUGACAUAAAGGCACUGAGAAAACUAAUAUGUAAAUAA